UCAACCACCACACCACCAGCUAGCCAAGCCGCUGUCCUGCUUCUAGUCUAGCCCACAUCUGCUAAGCUUCGUAGCGCCGGUUCGCGGCUGCAGAAAACUGACAGGCAGACGCUAGAGGAAUUCGCCCGUAACUAUUUCCAGGUCCAGAUCCCAAGGAGCCGCGCCAGCGUCGCACGUUGCCAAGUUUCUGCGCCGCCCCCGCAACGCCUGCUUGGUUCUUGGCCAGGGUCGGUCAAGCUUUUGCCGAUCCCACCCUCGCCAUGACGAUCCGGCCUGGUGGGUAGCUGGCAAGUCUUGGCCUGGAAGAGGGGCCGUCAGACUCGCUCAUGUCCAACUUGCCCUGAUGGAUCGCGAGACGCGACCGCAUUGCCAGCGGCUCCCGACCACUGCAUCAGGACUGGAACCCCCCGUGCUCAUCCGCCGCCGCUGCUGCUGAAGCUGAACCCCCUUCCACUGCAGUCCACUGCGUCCACUGCUGUCCACAAUGCCUGAGCCUGAGCAGCAGGGCUCUCCUGGACCUGGUCAUUCCCCGCCCACGCACACCACGCACACCUUUGACGUGCCAUACAAGGCGGGCAUGUCCUUCACACCGACGAGCGCGGACGCUGAGCCGCGCAAACCCGCGCACAUUGAUCCCAUACCGCGCAUCGCCUUGGGCGACGGCUCCUCACCGCAGGCGCCCUCGCAAUCCGAGCAGCGUCGCGCCCAGCGUCGUCAGACGGCGGGCCUCGCAGAGGGCCUCGAGGGCAAGUACGUCGAUGAGUUUGGCAACGUCCUCGACUGGGAUGGUACCGUAAAGGGACGCGUCGAGGGCGACCUGCCGUCCAUGGUGGGACGCCCCGUCUCUGCCAACGGUGAUGUCCUCGCAGAGGGCCAGGUCGUGGGCCACGUGUCCGAGAACCACGACCAGCCGCCCCUCAAGGAGCUCGACGGGGGGCUACGUGUCGACGACAUGGGCAAUAUUUAUUCGGCAGACGGCGGCAUCAUUGGGAAACUGAACGAGCCGCCCAAGAAGGCGGAUGAGCCACAGGAGCAGGAGCAGGAGAAGCAGCCAGAGGCAGACAAGAAGAAGCCGUGCGGCUGCAGCGCGCCACAGCCUGCGUCUGCACCGCGGCCCUCUGAGAUCUAUCUCGACGUCAAAUCGACGUUUGAUGGGAUCCAAAUCAUACUCAAGAUCCCCACCAUCUUCAACCAGGUGAAACAGGAACAGCACCGGCAGGAAAACAAGCGCGAGGCAAGCACAAGCACAAGCACAAGCAGCGAGCAGGGCCUUGCGGAUGAGCAGGAGAACGAGCAGGCGAGCUCCAAUGACACUCGCGGAUCAUGAUGACUAGGAUAAUAAAUUAAACUUCAAACUCGUAACGCCGCAUGGCUCUCUAGUCCAGGAUUCGCAGUUGACUACGUAUACGACCGAGAAUGCGCGGGUUCCAUGCAGAGGAUGGACUUUACG